CCUGUGAGGCCCGGUUGGUCCCGGCCCUGACGGGGGCGAUGGCGGCCACGUUCUUUGGGGAGGUGGUGAGGGCGCCGUGCCGCGCCGGGACCGAGGACGACGACGAGGAGGAGGAGGGGCGGAGGGAGACGCCCGAGGACUGGGAGGUCCGGCGGCGGCUGGCGCGGAAGAGGGAGGUGCGACUCCUUCGAAGACAGACAAAAACAUCUUUGGAAGUGUCUCUGCUAGAAAAAUAUCCUUGCUCCAAGUUUAUAAUUGCUAUAGGAAAUAAUGCAGUAGCAUUUUUGUCAUCAUUUGUCAUGAAUUCUGGAGUCUGGGAAGAAAUUGGUUGUGCCAAAUUCUGGAAUGAAUGGUGCAGAACCACAGAUACUACACAUCUAUCCCCCGCAGAGGCUUUUUGUGUGUUUUAUCAUCUCAAAUCAAAUCCCUCGGUUGUCCUUUGUCAGUGCAGCUGCUACGUUGCUGAAGAUCAGCAGUAUCAGUGGCUGGAGAAGGUCUUCGGCUCUUGUCCAAGGAAGAGUAUGCAAGUGACUGUUCUCACAUGUCGACACGUUACCGACUACAAAACUUCAGAGUCUACUAGCAGCCUUCACUCUCCUUUCCUGAAAGCUCUGAAAACACAGAAUUUCAAAGACCCUCCGUGCUGUUCCCUGCUAGAGCAACCGAACAUUGUCCACGACCUUCCCGCAGCAGUUCUGAGUUAUUGUCAAGUAUGGAAAAUCCCUGCCGUACUCUACCUGUGUUACACCGAUGUGAUGAAAUUGGACCUCAUUACAGUGGAAGCUUUUAAGCCUGUGCUUUCUUCCAGAAGCUUGAAAGGUUUGGUUAAGAAUAUUCCCCAGAGCACAGAGAUGCUGAAGAAAUUUGUGAGCACAAAUGAGAUUCAGAGUAACAUUUAUACGUGACCCCAGAGAUUGUUCUAUCAGGUGUGCUACCGUCCACGCCUUGAAGGGAGCUGUGUGCACUGUUUUGUAGGUGACUUUUUUUUUCCCCCCAAGGGGGGCAUUUUGAGGCUGUUAAAAACAGAAUAAACUUACUUCAAAUUUUUUAUAGUUUC